AAGCGUGAGCCGGGUGACCGGUUCGCCCACACGGCCCGGAAGGAAGGAAGGAGCCGUGGAGGGGCGGAGCGGAGGAGAAGCAGAACAGAGGAGAGGGGAGGCCUCCAGGCUGCUGUGUUGGUAGCUGUGGAUGAAGGGUGCGAAUCUCAGGCUCUGCAUACAGGAUCCAAUAAGAUUUUGAAAUGUCCUUUAUAUUUGACUGGAUUUACAGUGGCUUCAGUAGUGUACUGCAAUUUUUAGGAUUAUACAAGAAAACAGGUAAACUAGUAUUCCUUGGAUUGGAUAAUGCUGGAAAAACUACUCUCUUGCACAUGCUUAAAGAUGACAGACUGGGACAACAUGUCCCCACGUUACAUCCCACUUCUGAAGAGCUGACAAUUGCUGGUAUGACGUUUACAACUUUUGAUCUAGGAGGACAUGCUCAAGCUCGCAGGGUUUGGAAAAACUAUCUGCCUGCCAUCAACGGCAUUGUCUUUCUAGUGGACUGUGCGGAUCAUGAAAGAUUGGCUGAAGCUAAGCAAGAACUUGAUGCAUUAAUGACAGAUGAAACUAUUGCUAACGUGCCUAUCCUAAUUCUUGGCAACAAGAUUGACAGACCAGAAGCCAUCAGUGAAGAGAGGUUACGAGAAAUGUUUGGUUUGUACGGCCAGACAACAGGAAAGGGGAAUGUCUCAGUGAAGGAAUUGAACACUCGGCCCUUAGAAGUUUUCAUGUGCAGUGUGUUGAAGAGACAAGGUUAUGGGGAAGGAUUUCGCUGGAUGGCACAAUACAUUGAUUAAUGCCAAAUUCACAUUACUACACACUAUCCAAACCUGUUCAUGUUCUGAUCAAUUAGUGUACAUAACUUGAACUUAAUAGAUUUUGGUUACAAAAGCGUAUUUUUUUUAUUGUAUCAAUUGUGUUAAAUUUUAAGCGUAAAGACUGAAAACAGAUUUUAAGCAAGUUUGUCAAUUUGGAUCUUGUAACAUUAGUCUCUAGGCCUAUCAAGCCACCUUCUUUUUGGAUUAACUUAUAUGUUGUCUGCAGUUCUCACCCAUUUUUGUUUUUAGCUUUCCCACACAGUAUGUUUUUGAAUGCACUUUUUAACAGCUCAACCCUACAUGGUCCUAUUUAAUGCUCAUCAUGUUAAAUUUUUAAGUAUUUUUUUCAGAACCAAUUUUAUAAAUGUAAAGUGAAUAACGACUCCUCAACGGAUAGUAAUGAAUAAGCUUUAUGAAUAAUUGCAUGAUGCCUUACAGUUUUCAAUAAUAUACUUUCUUAUGCAACGUCAUGCAAUAAAACUAAAUCCCAUUUCGUGACAUCUUUAAUGGGGACAUGUUUCAUUUUAAUGUGUUUUAACCUAGUAAAUAUGUUUUAAAAUGUGAAUCUGUGGGGUAGUUUUCUAAAAUGCAGUAUAAUUUCCAUGUACUGUAGACUUUUUAUAUUAUUUAUUUGAUUACCUUUAUGAUGGGAAUGAAUCACACUAACGUUAUCCAUGCUUGUGGAUGUAAAUGUUCGGUCAUUGUUUUUUACAUUGUACAGAAAGGAGCACUACUGUAUGGUCUCGUUGUGUAGUGCAUCAUGUAGUGCUAGUGGGUGCCUGAGUGCAGCUUUUAAGAAAACCAUUGGGUUGGUACUGCAAAUACACAAUUAGAAGCCCGGCUCCUGUGUGAAUUAUGUUACUGGAUUGAGUACGGUGUAAUUUACCCACUGCUCUAAGCAUUUGUCUUUCCUGUCAAAGCAUUCAUACAACCUGUCAAAGGUUACAAAAGGUGACUGCCAUUCAAAUGAUAUAGAGAACAGGUCAGUACUUUGUUGCCAUCCUUGGCUACAGAGAUGAAAUUUUAUUUUUUAAUUUUCUCUUAACUACAUAUCUGUUAAUAAAGUGAGAGUGGUCGUUCAGAGAAGGAGCUGUGUAUCAGCUUCAUGUUUUUUUUUUUUAUUUAGCAUUGCCACAAAGUUCCACAUUUUGAUUUUAAAAAAAACACACACACCAAGAAUGGACUUAGGAAAUGAAAAAAUAGCCUUACAGCUAUCAAUCGUUCUAAGAAUCUUAGUGUCCUUGCAUGUAAUUUCUUUAAAUUGAGAAGCCAAGUGUUCAGAUGGCAUAGGGAGCCCUCUAUGGAUGCUGUUUGAAACUGCUUUCCUUUCCUUCUGCCUUCAGUCCAGAUGCUGAUUAAGAUUCAUAUGCUAGAUUUAAAAGUGAAUGACGAGAAGGCCUCAUGUACAUUUGAGUUGUUAGACUGCCUUGUGUAAAUCCCUGGAGGUAGGGUUUUUGAAGAACUAUAAUUAUUUUUAUUAUAUAUACUUAUUAUCAGGAAAUAAGCUUUUCACUGAUGUGUACCCGUGUGCAUUUUCAGAAAAACUGGAAAUGAGAGCGUAAAGGACAAAGUUGAUACGGUCACUGGUAUCUUGCUGAGUUAUAGUACAAUACAGGUAGUCUUCAAUUUAUGACCAUUCACUUAAUAGACAUUCAAAGGUACAGUGGCACUGAAAAAAGUAACUUACAACCAGAUCUCGCAGUUACAACCCUUGUAGAGUUCCCAUACUCACAUGAUCAAAAUUCAGGCGUUUCUUAACCAGCAUGUAUUUACAAUUGUUGCCAUAUCCUGGAGGUCACAUGAUUAUUAUUUAGGAGGCUUCUGACUAACAAAGUCAAUGGGGGAAGCCAGAUUUGCUUAAAUACUAUGGUGAGUCACUUAAUGAACAUGACAAAAUAUUUUUAUAUUUUGGGAAGAUACUAAGCCCCUCCCCCCCCACACCAGAUUAAACAUUAUAGUUCUGAUAAAGGAGAUCUUGACCAUUAAACCAGUUUGUUUAUACUGCCUGUAGCUCUCAUUCUGCAUGCUAUUGAUCUUCUCUUCUAUAGCUUUGAUCAAAGCAAGCAUUUUAGUUUUUCUCCCCUUUCACUCAAAAUGCUUUUAGAACCUGAAGACAUAUUUUUCAAGACAUUUCAUAAAAGUAGAGAGAACUAGCAUAUUGAUUUUAGUUCUGCAAAGGAAUUCGAAAAAUGGUUUGCUCCUGCUGGUAUCUGGAAAAAUUAUCUUCCUUGAUUCUUCAUUUUAAAUGUGACACUUCCAGACCUAUAAAAGAAGGGCAGAAUAGAAUAGAAUAGAAUAGAAUAGAAUAGAAUAGAAUAGAAUAGAUAGAAUAGAAUAGAAUAGAAUAGAAUAGAAUAGAGCAGAGCAGAGCAGAGCAAGAGCAGAGCAGAGCAGAGCAGAGCAGAGCAGAGCAGAGCAGAGCAGUUCUUCCAGUAUUGAGCAGUUCUUCCAGUAUUCCAGUUCUUCCAGUUCUUCCAGCAGUUCUUCCAGUAUUGAUCUUGUGUAGCCAUCUCAAUCUUUUUGUUACCCUGUUGGUGUUAAUGUAGGACUUGAGUUCAUACAGUUUAUUUUAAUGUGUGCUUGUGUUUUCAUGUGUUCCUGUAAGGAAGCCUUUUCCUAGAGCAAAAUAAUGUGUGGAUAAAGGCUUUUGGAUACAACAUAAAAUACAUUUAUAGAAUGGUUAGUCAACACUAUUAAUUGGAUCUCUCCUCUGCCGUAGUGAAUCUGGCAAGUUUUCCAAUUCUACAUUUUUUCAUUCAUCCUUGUCAGAUUUUAUUUUUAUUUUAAUAUUUAUAAUGGUUAUCUCUUAAAUAAAAAAGGUGCAAAACAGUGAAAAUCACUUUGCCGCUGGAUCAGAUAUUAUAGCAAUUUGUCUUCCAAAUACAAAAUUGUAAAUAACAACUGUUUAUUUCUCACUUUUUGCUCUGGAACGCAAUCACUGCUGUUGCCUUUGGAAGACUUUCAAAGUUAAGUGGAUACUUGCUGUAUAAUGUGGCAAGCCAAUACAGCAACUCAAGAUGGCCAACCACUAACCAAACUGACAUGGAGUGGAAGGUUUGCUAUCUUGCAGUGGUAAAAGAAACUAGAGGUAGUAAUUGACUUAUGACCAUAACUGGGAACAGAAUUUCUGUUACUAAACGAGACAAUUGUUAAGUAGGUCACACCCAAUUUUGCUACCAUUUUUGCCAUGGCUAUUAAGCAAUACACUGCAGUUAUUAAGUAAAUCAUGGGGUCGUUAAAUAAUCCAACUUCCUGACUGACCGCUUAUAUGACUGGUCACAAAUGACAAUCAACCCCAGGUUGCUGCAAGUUUCAUAAAUACAAGCUGGUUGCCAAGCACCCACAUUUUGAUUAUGUGACUGGGGAUGCUGCAAUAAGUGUGAGGACUGGUUGUAAUUUACUUUUUUCAGUGCCGUUGUAACUUUGAUUGUUAAAUGAAUGAUUGUAAAUUGAGAACUACCUGUACUUCACCAAACACAUUACUGAUGUGACAGGAAUGCCCUACUGGUCUUCUUAACAUAAAUAAUGGGGAAGAGGCACUAUAUGUUAAGAAUUCUAAAUGAAAAUGCUGAUACUUUCAGGAAAACAGUUUAGUAUGUGAAAAACGUGCUUAUUGUUUGUUUCUCAUCCCAUUUUUCAGAGCUGCUUAAGACAAGAGAAACUUUUUUAUAGAGAGAGAUUCUUCUCCUUAAAGGAAACUGCAUGAAUUCCACACACAGUGAAGUCAUAUGCAAUCAGGACAAGCAUCAUUGUUCUGGUUUAUGAAAUAAACGCAUUCUUCAUCAUCAGAAUUCAUACAGUUUCUUGCAUUAGGCUUUGUGUAGAAGUAAUUUAAGUUGCAGUUUAAACAUCUUAUUAUGUUUCAGGCAUGUGCAUAAUGGCAAUCUUUUUCUAUUUUAAUCCCCUCUGCUAGAGUAGUGUAUCAGUAUUUACCAAAAAGGAAAUAGAUACAAAUAUACAAAAUGACUUUUUCUAUGACUUAAAUGGGAAUUGCUUCUGUGAUAUGAAGAAAUCCUCCCCUCCCCUUCCCACUUCUUUCAACAUGGAACAAUUUCAGUCAAUUUAAAAGUUAUGUAUUUAAUUUCAGGAAAUAGUUCCCAAAAUUGUUCAGUCGUUAAUUCUGUGUGUGCGUGUGUGCAGCAAUGUUUCCCCCACUGAGGGGGUGGCUUGUUAAAUAGCUUUCAUUUAAAGGACAGCAACCGUGUGCCGAAAAAAUAAAAUUAACUAAUAAAAUGCUCAUAUGAAA